AGUGACAGAAAAUUGACUCUUUGUUUUAUCAAAAUGACACAGAUUUUCAAUUGCACAGGUUGCAGACAAUUAUCUCAAAUGUUCUUGGCAGUUUUCUUCUUUCAUAGUUCUGAAUAUGUUCUAGCAAUUUCCUUCCAUGGUAGUUCCAAUGUUACUCUUAAGUCAUUUUUUAUUAGUAAGAAAUAUAUUUGUGUUGUGUUAUUCUUAUUGAUGGAGUACUUUGUUGAAAUCUUUUUCUUUCCUAGGUUGAAGGAAUAUUGGUGGAUUAGUCUUGUAACGGUUAUAAUCGGGGAAAUCAUUAGGAAAUUGGCGAUUAUAACGGCUGGUCAGGCCUUCACACAUCUAAUUAAGAUUCACCGUGAGGAACAUCACAAACUAGUUACUCAUGGAGUCUAUAGUUGUGUCCGUCAUCCUGGUUACUUUGGUUUCCUCAUCUGGUCAGUUGCCACCUAGAUAAUGCUGUACAAUGGAUUUGCAAUUGUUGUUUGGAAAUUUUUUGCUGAGCGUAUCCCAACUCAAGAGUAUUCUCUGAGACGUUUUUUGGGCCAUCGGAUAUCAGAAUAUGCCCAGCAAGUUCUUUCUGGGUUGCCAUUUGUAAGUAGUAGUCUAGGUUCUGUUGACAGAGGAGCAUUUAGUCAUAACUUUUUGUCCAUCAACUGCAAUUCAAGAUUGGUUCCCGUCAGUUAG